UGGCGCACGCGGUGGACCCUGCGCGGGUGGUGGUGGCCUCGGUGGCCGGGGCGGGGCUCUCGACGGCGGCGGGUAGCGAUCUCGAGCUCUUCACCCACCUCCGCCGGCUUGACGCAUCAGAUAACGAUGGAUUGGAUCUGGAGGCGCUGGCCGGCCUGCGGGCGCUGGAGUCGCUUGAUCUGAGCUGCAACGGGUUGUGCGAGCCAGUUGUUCCUCCCGCACCAGCGCUCACCUCGCUCGCGGUCCUCUCGCUCGCUGCCAACGAGCUUACACCCGCAAGCAUUCUUCGCCUUUCCGCGCUCUCUUCGCUCACCUCGCUCGAUGUGUCGGGCAAUGGGCUCACCGAUGUGCCUGCCGACUGGACGGGCUUCACCGCACUCACUACCCUUGUGGUGGCGGACAAUGAGCUGGAGGAUCCAAGGGCGCUCCUCGCGCUAGCGUCGGCGCCGGCGCUAACGUCGCUUGAUCUGGCUGGCAACGGUCUGCCGUACGUGCCCAGCUUUUUGCUGCGGGCGUGGAGUCGCCGUUCCCGGCGCUGACCUCCAUUGAUGUUAGGCGGACGGCGGUGCGGUCAGGCGACGACCUGGUGGCACUCGCACAGACGCGUGUUCUCUGCAAGGUGGUCUCCGACCUCGGGCGGAGCACACUAGGUAUGGCCUCUCUCAGUGCGCUCUUUUCGCUCCACGAUCCGCCCAUUGUGUUGGAGGGCGCAGCCGGGGCUGGGCCGCGGCCAAUGCGGGUUGGGACUCGGGUUAUCCGCGAGGGCAAGUGGGACGCACUCCGCCGCUCUGCCGCCAAGCAGCGCCGCGCGAGAAAGGCGUGGAGCCACCAAGAGUGGAUGGAGAUGGACUCGGCGCGGACAGGCGCGGAUACCCGUGUCACGAUCACUUCACCUCCGCCGGUUGCUGAUGGUGCAGGCUUUUUCGUGACGCAGCUCGGCCUGGAAGAGGAGCUCAAGGUGGCGAGCAGGGGAAAAGUGCCAAGCAAGCGCGAAACGCCCGACAAGGGCGAGACCGAGGCCGAGGCCGAAGCGCUGGGACGUGCGCUGACAUCACGGAUGGCCGAGACGCUCUCGCUCGGACUUGGCGAGCGAGAGCCUGCCGAGCCGACCGAGCUGUCUGCAACGCUCGAGGCACUGCGGUUUGCGCUCGAUCAUCCGGUGAUCGGUGACGUCGGCCGCGGCGCCGGGCCUGAGCUCGAUGGAUAUGCCCGUGGAACACACGCAUCGCAGCGUGCCAGAGCAUUGGCGCGGCGCGGGCGCGGGCGCGGGCGCGGCAGGCCAGAGCGUGAUAUCGGAACCGCCGACGUCAGCGAGUACGAGGGCGCGGAGGAAGGAACUAGCGGCAGGCACGGUGCAGAUGAUGUCGAGGAAGGAGUCGACGUCGCCCAGCUCAUGGCAGACAUGCGCAAGCGGCUGGCGGGCGUGGAGGCGCGGAUUGACGCCGUGUUGGCGAGUCAUGACGACGAGUAAAC